CGGCCCCGCCCCCCGAAGUUUCUUGGGUCCGGGGCGGUCGGCGGGACCGAGCGUAGAGAGCCGCCGCCCGGCUGCGCGUAGAUGGAGCUGGCGGACCCUGCACAGAGCAGGCAGUGAACGGCGGAGCGGCCGUACUUCACGGACGCGCCAUGGAAGAGAAUAUAAAGGAGGGGAGUGAGAAGCCUCAUGGAGCACGGACUGCAGACAAGGCUGGAUGGAUCAAGAAGAGCAGUGGGGGCCUACUGGGUUUCUGGAAAGACCGCUACCUGCUCCUUUGCCAAGCCCAAUUGCUGGUUUAUGAGAAUGAGGACGAGCAGAAGUGUGUGGAGACUGUGGAACUGGGCAGCUAUGAGAAGUGCCAGGACCUUCGUGCUGUCCUCAAGCGGAAGCACCGCUUUAUCCUGCUGCGAUCUCCAGGGAACAAGGUCAGUGACAUCAAAUUCCAGGCCCCCAGUGGGGAAGAGAAGGAAUCCUGGAUCAAAGCCCUCAAUGAAGGAAUCAACCGAGGCAAAAAUAAAGCUUUUGAUGAGGUAAAGGUAGACAAGACCUAUGCCCUGGAACAUGUAACACGGGACCGGGUGCGAGGGGGCCAGCGGCGCCGGCCACCAACCAGAAUCCAUUUGAAAGAGGUAGCCAGUGCAGCUUCUGAUGGGCUUUUGCGCCUAGACCUUGAUGUCCCAGACAGCGGGCCACCUGUGUUUGCCCCUGGCAAUGAUGUCAGUGAAGCUCAGCCCCGGGAGACACCUCGGGCCCUCAUGCCUCCUGUCAAGCCUUCCCCAGCACCAGAGACUACCAGCCUCGAUGACAGCAUGGAGACUCCUGCAGGAGAGAGAGCCACAGCCCCCAUUUCAUCAAGCUCAGAGGCCCAUCCUGAGAAUCAAGAGGAUGCAGAGACCCCAGCAGAGGAGGACAAUGGCUUUAAGAGGCUCCCUAACACCCCCUUGUCGGAAAAACUGAAGGUGAGCUGGGAGAAUUCCACUCCAGAGGAGCCUCCUGUUUCUGAGAGUGCAGAGCCGCCCGAGGUGCCUGGUUCUGAGACUCCAGAGGCUGCCCACUGGGAGAAUAAGAAGCCCCCUGCACCCCCACCCAAGAUCUUAACAGAGAAGAUGAAGGCCUGUAUGAGUGGGAUGGAGGCUGCUGGUCCAGUCCAGAGUCCUGAGACCUCUGCUCCAGACUCAGCACAGGUCUCUGUGAAUGGCAUGGAUGAAAGUCCUGAGUCUGCCAUACUAUCCCAGGCUGUGGGCGCCCCAGGAACUGCUCCAGAGGAUGCAACAGCGUCCCCAGCACUGCCCAUCUGGGACCUGCCACCUCAGUUCCAGCCGCGAUCAUCUUCCCUUGGGAGUCUACUUGGAGAAGGCCCCCAGCGUAAGGAACGGCUGUAUCGGGCCCAGCUGGAGGUGAAAGUGGCCUCAGAACAGACAGAGAAAUUAUUGAACCAGGUGCUGGGCAAUGAACCACCCCCUGUGUGUGCUGAGACAUUGCUCAGCCAGGCUGUGGAGCAGCUGAGGCAGGCCACCCAGGUCCUGCAGGAAAUGAGGGAUUUGGGAGAACUGAACCAGGAACCCCCUGGGCUAAUGGAAAAACGGAAGGAGCUGGUGACCCUCUACCGUAGAAGUGCACCCUAGGCCUGCCAAGCCUGAGGAGCGAGUCUGAUCCUCAAGCACCCCCAUGUAUCACUGCCUAGCCCUGCUAAGAAAUGAGCUUUAGCUCAUACUAUAGAAGGGCCAUGGGGCAUACCAGAUUUGGCCAGGACUUGAGACUCCUGAUCUCCUUUCCACCCUGGCCUGGCCAGUUGUGCCAGGUGUCACCAGAGGCUUCUGUCUGGCUCUCUGGUUUGACCUCUCCUCCAGGCUCUGGGCUUGGGUUGGAGCCUGUGGGCUCUGUGGUUGUUCCAAACUGCCCCAGGGCUUUGGCACUGUACUUGGGGUUUCCAGGAUGGCAUCAUCUCUGUUCUCACCCCAGCAGUUUACAUUCCUGACUUCCGACUUCCGGGUAGAGCACAGCUGAGCCUGCCUGAGGGUGGAGGUGGUGGGGGCUUCUUAUCCUCAAGGUCCCCAGGCUGCAGCCUCCAUCCAGCCACUCCCACCUAUUCUGAGUAGCUGCAGGGGCCUUGUUGGGUCCAAGCUGUAGAGUCAUCUGUCAGCUGAGUGAAAUCUGGCCCUCAGCUGGAGCCUAGAGACAGAUGAUAAGCAUCUGUGAAGGAGCCAUUUGCUAUGUGGCUUGUUUCCCUUUCUUCAAAGCAAGAGCAUUUUCUGCAGCGCCCCCUGGCCUUUGGUGAGCUGUGAUUAGAUGCUCAGAUCUGGAGGCUUCCAGGGCAGAAGAGGAACUCAAAGGGCCUCCUGGUGCAGUUCUUGCUCCUGGGCCAGCUUCUGUCCACCCUUGCACAUUCCUGAAGAGGUUAACCCCAGAGUGGCCCUGUGUCAGCAUUUGAAAACCCUGUAUGUAAUUACAUUAAUCAACCUUUAGAGUCCCCACCUUUUGUGCCUCCCAGAUGGGAUUUAUCUGGGUUUCUGUGAUUCUUCCUCAGCCGGACACUUCUGGUACCUACCCCCUUACUUUACAUGCUGGAGUCUGUGACCACAUCCCACCUCCAUCAGGCCCCUGGUGGGCUGCCCCUCCUUAACUUCCUAGCGGGAGGAGUGUUUUCUCCCCUCCCUUUAGUGGUUCAUCCCUGGUUCCAAUCCCUCUCUCCUCUCCCAUUGUCCCUUGCUCUGGGAGCUUCCCCAGUUUCUAACCCACCAGCAGCUGGACUGAGGGUGGAGCCUGGGCCAGGCACUUGGAGAGGGAACCCUUAGGAUCUGCCUUGAGGAUUCUGCAAGUGCACUUUCAUUUACUGGGAAAGAAGGGCCGGUCAUAUCAGCACCUGGCCUUUCCACUCAUCCCAUCCCCAGUCUCUAGUUGUGCCCACUAAGGCAUGCCAGCACAGGUCAAUGCCUUUAUUGUACUGUCAUUUUCUUGCUGAAGAAGGUGGGCCAGCUUGGGCAGAAGUAAAUAGAAAUGACCUGGCUCGUGAGCCCCCACCUUCCAUCAGCCUCCCCAAACCACACUCCUUGAGUUCCUAUGCUAGCCUGCCCUUCCUUCCAUCUCC